CCCCCUGCAGGUGCGGGCGGGGGGGCACAGCCUCUCGCAGCCCUCGGGGCACGAACAGUUCGCGGCGGUGGCGGAGCUGGUGCCGCACCCGGAAUUCCAGGGGGGAGGAGAUCCCGGAUUCCAGAGCCGAUCCCACGACCUGCUGCUCCUGCGGGUGGAGCCCCCCUUCACCUGGACCCCCCUGGUGCAGCCCCUCCCCCUCCCCGAGGACCUCCCGGACCCCGGAGAGAACUGCACGGCCAUGGGCUGGGGGAGCACUGGGGGGGAGCUGGACUCGUACCCGGACGUCCCUCAGUGUGUCACCGUGGCCGUGCUGGGUGACACCGAGUGCCAGGUGUCCUACGGGGCGCAGGUGACCGAGGACAUGCUCUGCGCCGGCGUCCCCGAGGGCGGCAAGGACUCCUGCCAGGGUGACUCCGGGGGUCCCCUCGUGUGCCAGGGGCUCCUCCAGGGCAUCGUGUCCUGGGGGGAACACCCCUGUGGGCAGCCGGGGCGCCCGGGGGUCUACGCCAGCGUCCAGUGGCACCUCCAGUGGAUCCUGGGGGUCAUCGGGGGGGCAGAGACCACCUGACCCCCCCCAGAAAAACUCUGACCCCCCCCCAAACUCACCCUGGGACCCCCCAACCCUCCUGAGACCAACCAGGACCUUCUGAGACCAACCAGGACUUGGGCUGGACCUGGAGAGGCAUCGGGGGGGAAGGGGACAGAGACCCCCCAGGGGACCUCCGAGACUUCCUGACCCCCCC